UAUUUUGUGCGUAUUAUACUAAAAAUAGGUUUUGGGAUUUCCUCAGCAAAUAGGAAGUAAUGACAGGCACACAUUGACGGUGGACGUAUUUUACCGUCUCAGAAGGCAGUGACACACAACUGAUCAGGAUGAGUGACAAGUCAGAGAUUGUGUACAAGAAACUCGAUCUUCCAGAAGACUCAAAGCACAAACUUGCGUUUGUCCUGGAAAAUGUCCUCACACCAGAGGAGUGUGAGUGGUACAUCGCGGAGACGGAGAGGAAGGGGUACGAGCUGGCCCAGGUCAACACAGGGAUUGGACAGGUGACAAGGACAGACAUCAGAAACAGUUCACGACAUAUCUGGGACUCAGAACUAGAGGCCAACAAAAUCUGGGACAGGAUUAAAACCUUUGUCCCCGAAGUAUUCAAGCAGAGAAGAGUCAUGGGUUUAAAUGAAAGACUCCGCUUCCUCCGGUACAACCCAGGAGAAUAUUUCAAACCUCACGAAGAUGGCGAAUAUCGAAGAGACAACGGGGAAAGGAGCCUCAUCACAGUACAGGUGUACCUGAAUGAGGGUUUUGUUGGGGGAAGCACAACGUUCUUCGGGUACAGCACAGACACCAUCGUCCCAGUGGUACCCAAAACAGGUUUGGUCCUGGUAUUCCAACACGACAUCCUACAUGAAGGCUCUACCCUGGAGGAGGGACGGAAGUACGCGGUCAGGACAGACGUCAUGUACUCCGCACAGAGAGUCCCUGAAGGACCAUAGCGAGUCCAUUCUCACCUCGUGUGGUUUGUUCUCACUCGUGGUAAACGCUCACAUCUUUUGAUCCAUCCUCAACUAUUGGGGUUUAAAAUUGUGAGCACAAGUCGUUUUUAAGCUCACAUGCAACAGGUUAUAUAUGAUAGAUAAAUGUAUUGCUACUUCAGGAACUUGACACGUUUUGUUGGGAGAUGAGAGACUGCAAUAUUGUGUGGUUCAUAGUUUUGGAUAGUUUUUAUACUGUUACAUUCUAGUUUGUUGUUCGAAGCGACUGUGAUAACACGACGAAACAGAACCAUGUUGUUUUUCGUGGCUCAGUGUGUUUACUUGUCAUAGACUCAACUGAAGCCUCACGUCUCGUCGGAAGCUGAACAUUGACAUGAUGGCUCUCCUUAUGACAUCAUAUUUGGUUAAAUUCAUGAGGAUUUUAACGUGUUUUUAUGUUAAUGUAUAUCAGUAUGUUUUAUUGUACAUUACAUAUUUGAAUAUCAAUGCUGACAGGAUUUUGUUUGUUAAUUGGGGGUGUUUAUUAAGAUGUAAAGUGCUGAUUGUAUUGGACAGCCAGUUUUACUCCAUGUCAGAUCAAGGACGGCAAGCAUCAGGAGAAUUGAGAGAUAUGCUUAUCAUCAUCAUUGACUAAACAAAGCUUUGCUAGACUUUCAUUUUAUUUUAAAUAGAACAUUUCAGUAUUUUCAGUUGUGGUAGAUGAAGUGAUGCCAACACAAAUUCUUUUGUUUACAUUUAUGCAAAUAUAUUCUUAAAUACAGAAUUGUACUUAACUGUUACAUGAUUUUUUA